UUGAGGAGUGCAGACGGACAAGGACAAUCACCAUGCUGAGAGAAGCCGCAGCCCUUUUGCUGAUUGCAGCUGUUGCCAGUGCUUCGUACCCGAAGACGACUGUGCUGUUCCAAGACCCGGCGGACUACGCGGGCGAGAUGAAGUGCUGCAUGGGCGCCUUCAACACCCCACACAACUACACGGGCGCCUACCAGGUGAACGCACUCUACCUCAGCAGCCACGUGCGCAACUACGCCACUCUGGAGAUAGGCCCGGAGCAGCAGAACAUCAGGAUCACCAUGAGCGAGACUCCGUACGGCGUGUCCGACUGGAAGGUCGUCGCCACAGCCACCUACUCGGAAGUAGCCGAACCUCUCCAGCUCCUCAGGGUGCCUAUCAGCUACAAGACCGAUCCGUCCAAAUAUUACCUGUUCGAAAUCUCGUACGGUGGCAGCUACACAUACCCUACAUAUUCAUCUAUCGAUAUAUCUGCUGGUCCUUACAAGACAAGCUACAACGCCUUUAUACUGGGUAUCGACUACGAGAAAGCAUGAAUGUACUGAAUACUCAGUUCCAAUAAAUCAACCUAUUUAUA